UAGGCUGCGGCGAUAGGCUGCGGCCAUGCGGGGCUCGGCGCUGCCGCUGCUGGCGCUGAGCGCCGCUCUGGUGCUGGCGGGCGGCGGGUGGUGCCUGGGCCGCCUCCUCCUCCUCCUCCUCCCGCGGCCCCGCCGCGCCCUGCCCGCUAAAGGGAAGGCGGUGCUAAUAACAGGCUGUGACAAAGGUUUUGGACAUGCCUUGGCAAAACGGCUUCACGCAAAGGGAUUUACUGUUUUUGCUGGAUGCUUGCUCAUGGAUGAGAAUGGAGAUGGAGCCAGGGAGCUGAAGAACAUGAAGUCAGAUCGCAUGCAAGUGCUACAGAUGGAUGUGUGCAGUGACCAGGAGGUGGCUCGGGCUGUGGAUUUUGUGAAGAGGAUGCUAAAGGAGCCAGAGGAAGGUCUGUGGGGCCUGGUGAACAAUGCUGGUGUCUCAACCUUCGGAGAGGUGGAAUUUGCAAGUUUAGACAACUACAAGAAGGUGGCAGAGAUCAACCUGUGGGGGACCGUGAGGGUGACAAAGGCUUUCCUGCCCCUCAUUCGCAGAGCUAAAGGCCGUGUGGUCAAUAUCACCAGCAUGUUGGGACGGAUGGCGAGUCCAUCUCGGUCCUGCUAUUGUGUUUCCAAGUUUGGAGUGGCAGCCUUCUCUGACUGCCUCCGGCAGGAGAUGUACCGCUGGGGUGUCAGAGUCAUCCUCAUUGAGCCCAGUAACUUCGUGGCAGCCACAGGCAUCCUGACAGCAGACGGCGUCGACCGGCAGGCUGAGGCUCUGUGGAGCGGAGCCAGCCACACCGUGCAGGAGGACUAUGGGAGGGAAUAUUUCACUCGCCACGUGGCCCUGAUGAAGUCCUUUGUUAACAGUGGCCUGAAGGACAUGUCCCUGGUCCUGGAUGACAUCACCGAAGCGCUCACUUCCCCGUGUCCGAGCAACCGUUACAAUCCCAUGGAGAUGUACUGGUGGGUGAGGCUGCAAGUCAUGACCCACCUGCCCACUGCCAUUGCCGACUGGCUUUACAUCCCUGGAGCCAGCCUGUGAGUGGCCGUCCUUCCAGCACCCUUCCAGUGCUCGUAUGUGCACACAGGUUAGAGCUGCCCUGGUCAGGGCUGUCUGCACCCAUUGCUGAUGCAUUGCCCCUGUAGAUGCAUGUGCUUUCCCUUUGGGUUAUGCCUUCCAGUCUUGUGGAAUGCUGAGAACAGGAUGGCUUUUUCCUUAUUCUUGCUCGUUGUAUUCCUUGCUGUCCUGAUUAAAGUUGAAAGGUGUUUUCCUUUUAUCUGUGGAAAAUGCAGAGGAAGGCUAACAAAAUAGGUCAAAUAUGUGGCUAAUGUAAUUAGGUCAGCAGAGUUCCCCCAGUGAUAAAUUUGGAUCACUAAUGGACUCCUGCUUUUCCUUACACGGACAGGCUGCUAAUAGCAGAGCAAAGCUGUUGCUAUGAGAUGUCUCAAAGAGAGAAACUAAACUGGGAAACAUGCAGAAUUUUCCAUUUGAUUGAAAAUGGGUCAGACACAGCCUUCCAUUGUUUUUGUCAUGCUGCUAGGAAGCUCCGCUCGGCUGUCACUGUCUGUUCAUUCCAUGAAAAUGGCAGCCCUGCCUCUAAACAGCCUCAAUAUCUAGCUCGGGGUGGUCAGAAGCAAAGAAGGGUUCUUCCCUCCCAGUACUGUGGCCAGGAGGUGCCAGAGCCAGUGACUGGGGACAGGCUGGACAGGGAAAGCCCUUCUAACAAUGAAUGAGGUCUGAGCCAUCCGUCAGUCAGUCCCUGUGGAUGCUGGGAUUUGCAGUCUCUCUCCACCCACUGCUAAUGAGCUUUGUGAGACAGGGUUGACUAUGAUGUAGCAGACAGGUGAGGCUCCUUGACUGCAGCCUUAGGUACAUGUGUCUGAACUACUCAACUGUGGUAGACACUGUCCAGCCAUGUCCCUGCUUCCCUCAUGUCACUGCCUCAUGGAAGGCUCCCUCUUGCUAGUGAGGGAGCUGCUCUUGUUUUCCGAGAUCUAUUUUUUUGUUUCAUUCUCUCUGCAUUUGAACAGUGAUGUGGCACUGUGCAGCCAGUGUGAUCUGACUAUGAGUUCUGGAAGGGUGCUUUAAGUGACACAUUAUUAUAUUUUUAAUAUUACACAAUAAAAUUUCCAUGUCACCCAUGAUUGCUUCCUUGGAGAACCUCCUGAUAACUGGUAUGAGCUAUUUUUGCACAGUAUCCCCAAGGGUCUCUGCUAUUGGCCAUAUACAGGGAUUUCAAUCAUUUUUCCAUCUGCUGAGACUGCCUGGCUUCAUGUCCUGUUCCCUCUGUCCCAGUGGUGACCACUAGCAGAGCAGAAGGGGCUUUGAGCACUGCUGGCCAGGCUGGAUCCCUGCCUUCUUAGUUGAGGGACCAGCAUUUCCUUCCGCUACUGAACUUUGCUCUGUUUUGUCCUAUGUGGGAUUAAGUGCCUAUGAAAAGAGCUUAUCAUUUGUUCUUUCCUUAUCUGUCUCUGCUAGCUCUGACUUUGAAACUGUGCCAUAAACUUUCUGUAUGCUGCUGGCUGUAAAUCCUUGGAGUCUGUUUGCCUGGGGAGGGAAGUAGGCUUCCCUUGGAGGUGCUGUGGAGGUAGCUUGUAUCCCAAGUAACAACCACCGGAAUGCUGGCUGGGCAGUUCUUUUCUACUCCAGGUCAUCAGCACACAGAGGUUGCCUGGGAUCCAGAACCCAGAACAAUCCCACAGAACUGCAGCCUAAGAAGUGUUGUAAUCGCUCCUGCUCCCUGCACUGUGAAAUCUGAGUAAUGUGAAGUAGCACUGAUUUGCACAAAGAGAAAAAUAAACUGUGAGAUUUGUAAAGCA